AUGGUUGUGGAGGGCAGAGGAGUGCCCCAAAGAAGUGUGCAGUUGUGUCACGAAGCCCCCAGGACCCUUGCCCUGGUGGAAGGGGCCCCAAAGGGCGUGCGUAAAAGUAGCCAAAGAGAGAGUGGAGUGUUGCAAUGGUCUUUGUGCUUGUGCUCCUCCUUCCCUGCAGUGUCGACCCCUCUGGGCCAGGGCCGGGUCAACCAGCUGGGGGGGGUCUUCAUCAACGGGCGCCCCCUGCCCAACCACAUCCGCCACAAGAUCGUGGAGAUGGCCCACCAUGGCAUCCGGCCCUGCGUCAUCUCCCGCCAGCUCCGCGUCUCCCACGGCUGCGUCUCCAAGAUCCUCUGCCGCUACCAGGAGACCGGCUCCAUCCGACCGGGGGCCAUCGGGGGCAGCAAGCCCAGGGUGAGUCCGGAGAGGGGCACCCACCGGGCACAGGCUCCCAGGAGACCCAGAACACAAGCCCUGCCUGGCUGGCUGCAAGGGGGUCUUCUCCUCCAGAUCUGGGUUCACAUCCAAAGCUCCUUCCCAAAUCGAGGAGACCUCUUUGGUGCCAACCAGAAUGGGCAAUGGGUCCCAAGCUUCCCAAGUUCCACUAGUUGA